ACUCGUUAUAUAUACCCGAACGUGUUACUCUCGAACCGGUAUUGCUACGGUUGUCAACCCCCGUUUACACCCCUUUAAUUCACCUACUUUGCUUCCUUUUUUCCCCCCUUACUUACAUCACUAACGUUGCUAAAAAGUAGGAUGGCUUCCACACCGAAACCUCCUCCGAUGCCCAAGUCCAUACGUUUUCUCUUUGGAGGACUUGCCGGCAUGGGUGCUACUAUAUUUGUACAGCCUCUAGAUCUCAUAAAAAAUAGAAUGCAACUUAGUGGUGAAGGCGGUAAAGCAAGAGAACACAAAACUAGCUUGCAUGCCAUACGUUCGAUUAUUAAAUCGGAAGGCUUAUUUGGGAUGUAUGCUGGAAUGGCACAAUCAUUAGAAAGAGGUCACAGUAACCAUGUGUUUUGGAUAAUACAGAUGGGUUGUGUUCCAACAAUUGGAAGAGCCAUGGUAGUCAAUGCUGCACAAUUAGCUUCAUAUUCUCAAGCAAAACAGAUGUUAAUGUCUUCAGGUUAUUUUCAAGAUAAUAUAAUGUGUCAUUUUGCUGCAAGUAUGAUCAGUGGUCUCAUCACAACGGCAGCUUCAAUGCCUGUAGAUAUUGCUAAGACUCGUGUAGAAGAUGUAUUAACAAAAGUCAUACGUUCAGAGGGAUUUUUUAGUCUAUGGAAAGGUUUCACACCUUACUACGCCAGGCUCGGACCUCACACGGUACUGACGUUUAUAUUCCUCGAACAGAUGAAUCAAAUGUACAGAUUUUACGUCUUAGGAGAUACAUCAAAAACCGGAGGUGGUCUAUAGUACGCAACAGUUUUUUUAAUAGUUUUAUUGGUAUAAGUCUGCCAGUCAUGUUAGCACAGAUUUUGAGAUUAUUGUUAUAUUAGUCGUUAACUGGUGUAGCAAUUGACAAAAUGUGCAGUUAUAUAGUUACUCAAUUUUUUGUUUGUUGUGAAUGGUUGCCAAAUAUAUAUUAGAAUUUUGUUAAAAACAAAAAACAAUAUUUUUUGUAGAUCAUAUGUAUAAUGAAUAAAUUUAAGAAACAGUUUAAAAUUUAUUUUA